CCCUCUCUGUUACACUGUAUAUUAGGCUUUUGUUACGCGUGUAUUUGCUCAACGUUUAGAUAUGAUAUUCAUAAUGGUUUGCAUUACAUCGGUGGGUGGGGACAGAAGGACGCACAAGUUGAAUAAACACCUGCAUUUGGUGCUUUUUGAAAGGAAGCCACGUGACCCUCACACAGCAGGCGAGCUGCCGUCAGGUGAGGUGAGGUGAGGUGCAGGUGCAAAGCUGCUCUAUUUCUUCCGAAGUUGACUUCAACGACAUUUGUGACUCAUCGAGGACUUUGUGAAUGGAGAACUUCCACAUCUGCCCCGUAGCUGCCUUCUACCAAAGCCUCCUCCUGCCGGUGUCCUACAGCCUGGUGUUUGUGCUCGGCCUGACUUUGAACUGCGCCCUGCUGCGCAGCGUGUGCUGCCGCGCGCGCCGCCCGUGCAGCACGGUGAUCUACAUGACCAACCUCGCCGUGGCCGACCUCCUCUACGUGCUGUCACUGCCGCCUCUGAUUAUAAGCAACGUGAUGGGAGGCCUGUGGCCCUUCGGCGACGUCCUCUGCAAGAGCGCCAGGUUCUUCUUCUUUGUCAACCUUCACUGCAGCAUGAUGUUCCUCACCUGCGUCAGUGUGCAUCGCUUCCUCGGCGUGUGCUUCCCCAUCGCCGCUGUGCGCCUCAGGACCAGGAAGCUCGCUCUGUUCGCGUCAGGCUCCGUUUGGGUGCUGGCCACUGCGGAGAUUCUACCGACUCUGGCUUUUGCGCACUCCGGUACGGUAAACAACAGGACUGUGUGUUUUGAAAUGACUAAUCCGCAGAAUUUCAACGUGUACUUCCCAUAUGGGCUGUUCUUGGCCAUAGUGGGCUUUCUGAUCCCAUUCCUCAUCGUUCUCACCUGCUACUGCUCCAUGAUAAAGGCGCUUUACUGCAGCGCACCGGGCGGCAUCUCCAAAGUCACGACGGCGCGUGUGCGCAACAAGUCCAUCUCCACGAUCCUAGCCGUCUGCGUCAUGUUUGUGCUGUGUUUUGUGCCUUAUCACGUCGCUCGGACCGUCUACCUCUUCGUGAGGGUCUACAUGCCCGAGGACUGUCAGCUGCUGAACGUGGCCAAGAUCGCCUAUGAGGUCUGGAAACCUGUCAUCAGCUUUAACUGCUGCGCAAACCCCCUCCUCUACUUCUGGGGCUCCCGCCGGCACCGCCACAAACUGCAGGCCUUGCUGUGCAAGAAAAAGAUGAGGAUACACCCUGGAGUAUGGCUGGUGGAUGCGGGCAAGAAGGGGCCGUGAGGGUAGAGAGGACUCGUCUUGGACAAUGAACUGCAAGAACUGCGCCAAAACAGGUUCUAAGCUGUGUUAACUAAAUUUAUUUUAUAUAUAAAAUACAUAUUUAUCGUACAUUCAACUCCGUCGUAUAUUUUUACAUCAACUCAUUAAUAAUGUACGGAUCCACAGGAUCUAGAAAUCAACCAAAUCAAGAAAGUAACUUUUAAAGUGUAAAGUGGACCAAGUGACACUUGACAUUUGUGGGAAACAGCGCCCUCUAACGUUCAGAGUGAUGAGGCUCUAAAACAGAUCCCACAGCAGCAACGGUGCGUCAUUUCAAUUCUAACUGGUAGGCUCCUGGGAAAAAAACUGUUUCUCUAAGUGGGUACAACAACAUAAGUGCUCAAAUGUCCACGGCGAUAACUACUGUAAGGUGAAGGGACAGAAACCUACCUAAAUCCAAAGAAAGUCAGUGAGGCAGUGAGCUGUAAAGUGCUGGAACAUCUUGUUCUGUAGGGAUCAGUGCAAGCUUCUUCUGUUUAAGCGCAUACUUGUCUGCAGCUACAGAGCCCCAGUGUCAGAGGAGCAAGGAGCUGAAUGAUGGGCAUCACUUCAGAACACUCCUGUGGGCAAGUGAUGACAGAUGGGUACAGCAGUGGUCUGGGAGCUGGAAGCAGACAGGACAACACAGAUGGAACAGCCCUUAUAGUAGAGGAGCUACUUUUGUCUGUCCUGCAGUGCUGCAGUAAAAGCAGUCCCCCUGGAAUUGUACUAUAAGUCUCUGAAUGGAAUAACAAACAGAUUUUAAUAUUGCAUUGCGUAGGAUUAUAAAUGCUGUGUGUGUGUGUGUGUGUGUGUGUGUGUGUGUGUGUGUGUGUGUGUACAUACCUGUGUGCCCAGCCUGGAGAGAUACCGGUUGCGUAAACCAAAAGCAGACAUGGGUGCUAAUCUAGCAAGGUCCCCCUCUGUCAGUUUAAUGGGCCGUCUUUUAAUCCUGCAGGAAUAAUAAGGUGACGUCUUCACGCUAACAUCGCCCGUCAACGCUUUGGUUUUUAUUACUCACCCAGUGUGCUGUUAAACAGGUAAAUGUGGUACAGUGACAGAGGAUCUAAGCCUUUGAAUGUUUAUGUAACUGCAAAUGAACAAUCUGGUAAAUAAUGGGAAUCAUCAUUGGAUUCUAAUAUCAUAAUGGAUUUACAACCAAAUGAUUUCUAUCAUCACUAAAAUUUAAUAUUUGGUGUUUUAACAAAAAUACUCUCAGGUGAACAAACAAUGCUGUGAGCGACCUGGUGGUCAUUUACAGUAAAUGAACACAGUUUAACGUUCUGCUACUGUGUUGACUGGUUCCUUAAGAGGUUAUUUAGGACUUGUUUGCCUAGUGAAUGUUAAUCAUCCACAGAGCGAGACCCUGAUAGCAACACAGGGAGAAUUAACUAUCAUUCUACAUCACAGGGCUUUUUAGAUGGAACCACAGUAGAUGUUUUACCACUCAGUAAGUAAAAAAACUUAAUUUCCAGAAAAAAAAAAAAACUUAAUUAAUAGGACUUGAUAAAUGAGCAAAACAGUUUUAAAUGUGGAAGAGAUUAGUUUAAAAGAUGAAACGGUGUUAAUCACCACACACACAGUAUAAUUUAAAUUCUUUGUUUCUUCUUUUUCCUAUUCAUUAUAUUGCUGAAACAUUUCAUGAUGCAACAGAUAGUUAAUUUUUAUGAAUCUCCAACACCAGCAAAGAGCAGAUAAAAGAAGAAAUAAAAGAGUCCAUUAGUAAAAAAAAAAAAAAAA